UAAUUUUCAAAUGUCCGUUCUAGAAUGCGUGCACUGUUUUGUCAUGACGUAGUUCCGGCAAAUAAAACGUAAUACAAUGGGCGUCCGUUAGUUCAAGUUAACAAAGCGGCUAGUCUGCUUGCCAAGCAAAUAAAAUAAUUGGUUAUUACUUAUAGAUCCAACCAAUCAUAUUCGAUCGGCAAGCGUACCUAACCGCUUUACCGUCUUAAAUUCGCCCCAAUGUCUUGCACUAAGUACAGUACAGCCAGAAGUCUGGAUCCUCGGAGCCUGAAGAAGAAGAAGAAGUACAGUACAGAAUGUGAUGCACCGUCGUCAAAAAGAACAAGCCUAUAAAAUUAUAAAUUCAGCACUACCAGAGAUCUCUCUGGCACUACACUGGAGCACACUGGAGUUUUCAUUUGUCGAGUACAACAAUCUCAACGUACUUGAUAAUAGUGCGCACAAGCCGAAUGUGUAGCACUGAAAAAGUUGAGUAGUAGCACUCAGUGCGCACUAGUGCAGUCUGCCGAAUUCGCUAAUAUGCCAGCAGCAGAAAGAUAACACGAUGAAUAAAAAUACUCGUGAAACAACGCCGGGUGAUGGCUUACGAUCAUUACGGAGUACUACAUUAUUCCGUGCCGUUAAUUUCGAGUUAUACAUUAAGCCGAACAAAACCAUCAUGAUUCUUGGUAUCAUAGCAAUGUUAAGUUGUUCAGGAUAUAUAUUCUAUAUGAAUACUAAUCAAAAGAGGGAUGUUUAUCAUACUAUGGUUAAAUCAGACGAAUCAGUGGUACUAGUGAAAAAAUCAUCCAAGUGGACUGAUUAGGUAAAAAA